AUGGCUUCGUCUCACGGGAAAAACGAACACCGGUUCGCCGACUGGAUGGCGAAUUUACCGGAGAGCAUGCACCGCAUCCCGCUUACCAACCUGGCCAUUCCAGGUUCCCAUGACUCCUUCAGUUUCUACAUAGACGAGUCCUCUCCGGUGGGUCCUGAGCAGACUGACGCUGUCCAGAACUUUGUGUCUGUCUUUGGCACGGUGGCCAAGAAGCUGAUGCGUAAAUGGCUGGCCACUCAGACUAUGAACUUCUCCAGCCAGCUGGAGGCCGGCGUCCGCUUCUUUGACCUGCGGAUUUCCACCAAGCCCCGGGACCCAGACAAUGAACUCUUCUUCGCUCAUGGCCUCUUCAGCGCCACGGUGAGAGAAGGUCUGGAGCAGAUCAGCUCCUUCCUGUCGGCCCAUGCCAGAGAGGUUGUGUUCCUGGACUUUAACCACUUCUACGGGAUUCAGAACCUGCACCAUGAGAAGUUGGUCUCAAUGCUGAGAGACGUGUUCGGGGAGAAACUCGCCCCUGUCGUCUUCGCUCAGGAGGUGAGUCUCCAGUACAUGUGGGAGAAAGAGUACCAGGUAUUGGUGUUCUACCACAGUCCUAUGGCCCUGGAAGUGCCAUUUCUAUGGCCUGGUCAGAUGAUGCCUGCUCCCUGGGCCAACACCACUGACCCUGAAAAGCUGAUCCAGUUCCUCCAGGCCUCUGUGGCUGACCGCAGGAGGAAGGGAACAUUCUUUGUCUCCCAAGUGGUCCUCACACCUAAGGCCAGCACCGUCAUGAAAGGAGUAGCCAGCGGACUGAGGGAGACCAUUACAGAGAGGGCUCUUCCAAGUAUGAUGCUGUGGAUCCGGGCCCAGAGGCCAGGAGAGAGCGGCAUCAACAUCAUCACAGCUGACUUCGUGGAGCUGGGAGACUUCAUCAGCGCUGUCAUCACGCUCAACUAUCAUAUGGAUGAUGAGGAGGAAAACGCCACCUGA